UGUCCUAGUGUUGUGUCUUGUGCUGAUAUUCUUGCACUUGGUGCUAACAUUUCCUCAGUUCUGGCUCAUGGUCCUGAUUGGGAAGUUCCAUUAGGAAGAAGAGAUAGUUUGAAUGCAAAUCAAACUCUUGCUAAUUUAAACCUUCCUCGUCCCCAAUUGAAUCUUACUCAGCUAAUAUUCUCCUUUUCUAAACAAGGUCUCAACAUUACUGAUCUUGUUGCACUUUCAGGUGCUCAUACAAUUGGUAGAGGUCAAUGUGGAUUCUUCGUUGAUCGAUUAUACGAUUUGAACAAUACUAAAAAUCCUGACCCAACUCUCAACACAACCUACUUACAAACAUUGAGAACAAGAUGUCCCAAUGGUGUCCCAAUGGUGGAACAAGAUGUCACAAGCUACUACUCAAACCUAAGGAUUCAAAAGGGGUUGUUUCAGAGUGACCAAGAAUUGUUUUCCACACCUGGUGCUGAUACCAUUGCCAUUGUUAAUAGCUUUAGCAGCAAUCAAACUCUUUUCUUUGAAGCUUUUAAGGCCUCCAUGAUUAAGAUGGGUAAUAUUGGAGUGUUAACUGGAACUCAAGGUGAAGUUAGAACACACUGUAACUUUGUUAAUACUGUUAGUCUUGCUACCAAAGUCACCAAAGAUUCAGCAGAAGAUGGUAUUGUUAGCUCAUACCAAGUAAUUUAAUACAAGUUGCAUAAGAAAGGUACCUACCUACCUAUAAUAAAGAGUGUGUUCUAGGGGAACAUACAUGGGCUCUUCUCUUGUGCUGGAUGGUGAAAUUGAAUGCAGUGUGUUUGUAAGAUCUAUUUUGUAAUCUAUGGCUAUUGAUAAUUAUAUGUCAUCAUAUUAAUAAAACUAAGUAUCUUUCAUAUUUCU